AUGGCUUUCAUGUCCAGACUGUCCCGGUCACGGAGUAAUUCCAGGUCUCCCAGCAGAAAGGACUCAGAGAAAGGCUCUCCUGUACUAACUGUUGCUGAACUUGAGCGUCUGCUGUACACUGGGAAAACCGCCUGUAAUCAUGCAGAUGAAGUGUGGCCAAGGCUCUACAUAGGUGACCAAGAAAUUGCCUCAAACCGCAAAGAACUCGUCAAGCUCGGGAUCACGCACAUCCUCAACUGUGCUCAGAGCAAAUGGAGAGGUGGCGCAGAGUAUUAUGCUGGCAUGAACAUCACGUAUCACGGCAUUGAAGCCCACGACUCGCCCUCUUUCGACAUGAGUGUCAACUUCUACCCAGCAGCCGAGUUCAUUCACAGAGCCCUAUGUACUGGAGGAAAGGUUCUUGUACAUUGUGCCGUCGGGCUGAGCAGAUCUGCUACGCUGGUUCUCGCCUACCUCAUGAUUCGCCAGAACAUGACUUUAGUAGAGGCCAUCAAGACCGUGAAGGACCACCGUGGCGUCACGCCAAACCGUGGUUUCCUACGGCAGCUCAGCGGUCUGGACAGCGUACUGCACGCCAGCCGCAAUGCAACAUAA